AACAUCCUAGCCAGGGAAAAUUCAAGGUCAGCUAUGACAUCUAGAAACAGGCGAGGAUAUUACUUCAUCCGUCAGUAAUCUGCACGGAACUAUUUCUUAGUAAUCUAUAAUAUAGGAUGCUACAAUGCUUGAAAACGCUGUAGAAUGGCCAGAAAGAAAAAGGAUUGGACACCAACACAAGGACAAUGGAACAGUUAAAUCAUUGAGUGAAGCUCUUCGACAUGUUAAAAAGCGGGGGAAAUGACUAAGUUCAAAGCUGGAUUGGAUAAAAUGAAUCUGGAAAAUAUGGUCGUCAACUAGCCCAGUAUCAUUAAUGAUUUAAUUUUUUGGAUUUGAAUAAUCAUAGGCUUAUAUUUGGCUCUUUUAAUGUUACAUAGUAGUUUAAACGUGUUUUGAAUUAUGAGUAUAAUAUGUUUGAUUUAUAUAUACAAAGUACAGAAAAAUGUCUAUAGUAAAUGAACAAUCUGAUUAAAAUAAGAUGCUAAGAUACGCUCACAAUCGCUACAAUAGAGGUCUCAGGAUACGGCGCGGAUCUAAGAGUCUGAUUUUAGUUAGAUUGAGUAAAUGAGUUAAUGAAAACAAUGUUUGUAGUAUUUUUGUCUCAAAUUAUAAUAUUGAAGUUUGAAGCAAAAAUAAAAUGUGAAAAUAAAUUCUUAAAAUGCAUAAAAGAAAAAAAAAAAUAUUUAAAAAAACAAAAAAAAAAUACGUGAAACUAGAGUGUUAGGUGGGAAUUUUUGUAGUGUGACGUAGGAUCACGUGGUAUUUUAUGUUAAUGAUUUUUUUUGCAAAUGGCCGACGGAACAAAGAGAAAAUCCUGACCCAGAAAAUUCUUCAUUUAUCUGAAAAAAAGAAGAAAUCCAGAUUUUUUGGAGCUACUUAAAAUAGAUUGUGGGAAGGCAAAGAAAUUCCAAAGAUGAGUUACCAGAAGAUGUAUAUGAACCAGAUCUACUCCAGCUCCACGAUGAGUUAUCUAACACAGAUGUGGAAAAAUCAGCUCUUGUGCGAUGCUGUCAUCAAAACAGGACCCAUCAAUACAAAGGCCCACAGACUGGUACUCAUAGCAGCUUGUCCCAUGCUACAACAUCUAGAGAAUGCAUCCCUUGGAUCUCAUUUAGAAGUCAGAAUGGCAUCUGAUAUUAAACAGUCAUCCGUCAUCUCAUUUCUACAUUAUCUAUAUGAAGGCUUCAUGACACUUACAGAAGAAAAUUGCAGAGACAUUGAAAAAAUGGGAAAGCUCUUACAAGUUGAAAGUGUUGUCAAAUGUUGUUCAGAUUUUUACAAGUGCUUCAGUGAAAAAACUGGUGUGAAACUGGGUUCUGCGCCACAAAUGAAUUUCCAGGAUAGUGUUGAAUUCCGUCAUGUAAGGACAUCAGAUUUUCAGAAACUAACGCAGGACGCUGGUUUGAAAAGAUCAGUGGAUUCUGCAAGUCCCAGUGGAAAGCGUCCAAGAAUACAACGAGCAGACGAUAGAGCUUCCAUGAGUCACGGCUAUAACUCUGAGCCUUUUGAGAGAGGUAGAGGAUCCACAGCAGCAGAUGUGGUGGAAAUUGUGGAAGACAGUUUAGAGGUAGUUCAUAAAGAGCCAGCGCUCAGGGACUCGGAAGGUUGGCCCAAAGAAUCAGACUUACCCCCAAUCAGAACUUCACAGUCAAUAUCAGUAGCUUCUAGUCAAAUGUCUACGAAUUCUGAUGACAUUCAAAUAGUAAAUGUAGAAGAAGCAGAUUCCAGGACGCAUGCUGCAUCAAGUUCUCCAGCAGAAAUUCCAACACAUUCCUCAGGUUCCCGCCAUGAACCGUCACCACAUCGAGAUUCACAGUCAUCUUCAUCAGACAGAGUGUCAUUUGACUCUACAAAUUUAAGACGUGACCAGCAAAGAUACUCUGACAUUUCCAGUUUUGGAAGUCAACUGCCAACAGGACCAGGCCAUUCCCGGUCAGCAGAAUCAUUCUCUCAAAGUUCUUCAAAGCGUCCUCAAGCAUCAGUUCCAUCUCAUUCAUCACCACAGAUAACUCCUCCUCCACUUUCAUCAUUCACACCAAAGAUGCCAACUCUUCAACCAAAGCCUUUUGCUGUAGGUAGUGCUGUGCAGGCUGCAAGCAUACCUCAGCCUACAUCCAUCAGACCAGCAGUCCCAAUUCCAGGGACUCUAACCGCAGUACAGCCAGUAUCUAAUCAGAGUCCGGGUUCUAAUUCCAGUCAAGACAGCCGAGCGUCUGACAGGUUUCAAAAUAAAGGAGCCAGUGUAAGCAGCCAAGUCCUUCAGCAGCAGAUAGCUAAUACAAUAAGUCAGAAUGUAGAGAAACUCUUGGCUGGCGAAGGAAUUUCAGAACAGAGUGUCAAAGAGACCACAAGUUCCUCAGAUCUGGCUCCUGAUAUCAGUUUCAUCAAGGUGGAGGAAUCGGAUACUGGAGGAUUAGACAUGUAUGUGGACAUAGCGGACGAUGCGAAAGGAGGUCUUUUGAGUAAUCAGGAAGAAGGCGACGAUGAUACAGGGGAAAUUCCCUUUGAAUGGACACGGGAUGAAUCUAAUGAAGGCAGCAAUUUAAGUGGGGAUCAAAGUGGGUCCCUGCCUGGCCAGGAAGGAGCUUUUCAAGGGCGUUUAAAGGUGGCGUACGGCAAAAUAGGUGUAACCGAGUCCUACCCUACCACCUCCACCACUUGCCCACUGUGUGGAUUACAACUACAUAAAGCGAGUCUUAAAAGACACAUGAUCCAACAUUCGGAUAUAAGGCCAUAUGAAUGUCAAAUAUGUAAUAGGACAUUUAAAAGGAAAGACUAUUUGGAGUCGCACAUGCGCACACAUAGAAAUCGGAAAACCUCAGCAAAUGAAGAUUUUUGACAGAUUGAAAGACAAACUGAAUAAUAGCUAAUUUGGAUCUUUGUUUUCUUUGAUCUGUGUAUAUAUAUGUGUGUGUCUAGUAGUCAUCAUAUGUGUAUGUAAAUUAAACGCAAAAUUCUUUACAGACGAACUUUUGGUUUUAUUGGAUGUGUUUAAUGUGAUUGGUAUGAUAAAUAUAUUUUGUUUACUCUUUGGGAUGAGUUGCAGUAGUGCUUGUUCGGGAUGUGGUCUAUAAACAGAACUAUAUUAAGUUGUCUUUAAAACAGUUACAAACGGGACACAAGUAUCUCUGAUAUAAAUAUUUUUUUCUUUCUCUGUAGGAGUACCGGGCAUGGACAUCUUGACAGCAAAAUCUAGAAUAUCGUAUUCGUAUUCUUACACAUGUUUUCUUUGUGGGACUGUGCUGAAGACCAAACGAAACUAUCAGAGACACAUGGUCAUGCAUUCCUCUGUUCGACCACACCACUGUAAUUUUUGCGAUAAAUCCUUUAAACGCCAAGAUCAUUUAAAGAAGCAUACCGACUCUGUUCAUCUUAAGAAGAAUUUUUAAUGUGGUGCAUGCAAUUUCAACAUUCCUUAUACCUUUUGCUGGAGUUCUAGAGUGGGUAAUAGCGAUGUCGUACAGGACAUUUUCAGAAUUAUGAGUUGGCUGUUUCAGUUGUCUAUUGGUUUUGUGUUAAUGAAUGGGAUGUGAGGAUAGGAAAGGAAGGGUUUUAAUCAAAGCUGAAAGGUGUAACUCCUCAUACGUAUGCCGUGCUUGUUAGUAUGAUGCGAUUAAAUAUGAUGUUAAAUUUAACAAUAUAACCGGUUAUCUUUUCUGCAGGACAGAACUGGAAUCAAAUACCACAAUCCAUUUCGGUCAACUCUGAAAAACAGUGUGUAUGCCCUAUCUGUGGAUUCAGAACAAUGUACAAAACUAAUCUAACUCGACAUAUUGCCAAUCAUUCGGAGGAAAAGCCACACAAGUGCGAGUAUUGCUUAAAGACGUUUAAAAGAAAGGAUUAUCUGAAACAGCAUGUUCAAUAUCACAAAGAUGUGACGCAUGCUCUGUAUCAGCCAGAGUCUGUGUAACCAGAGGUUUUGUCGGAGGAUCCUACUGUUUGAGUAUGUUUUAGUGGAAGAAAUAUCUGAGCAUGUGCUUGUCAUCGAUGUCCGUGGUGGUUGUUUAAAUCUCAUCUUGAAUAUUUUUGCUUGUAAUAUUAUUGAAGAUUUCAACAUUUUGCGGUUCGUGCUUUGAGUUAAGCAUAUGUGUACCAGUGAUGUAUGAUGCUACACGUUCAACAAUAAAGUAUGUCAUUUGUUUUUGUAAUUCGUUCGUCUUGUUUCUCUGUAGGACCACAACUGGAGCCAGAGUUUCUCCUUAAUCCAAUAAAGACUGGCGGAAGUGAUUCAUACAAGUGUCCAAUUUGUGGCUUCACGUCUAUUUAUUGUGGUAGCGUCAAAAGACACAUCGCGUGUCACUCCACAAAACGUCGUUUUCAUUGUAACCUAUGCCCAAAGUCGUUUAAGAGAAAGGACUAUUUGACAGCGCACAUGUACUUACAUUUUCCAGAUAAGAACAAGGCUGACAAUACUAAAUUUUAAAAAAAAAUUAGCGGUUUCCAGUUUUCUUUAGUUCUUGAUGAAAAUUUUGUAUUGAACGAGUCUUAAAUCUGGAUUGCUCGAUAAUUUUAUCUGAUAUGUACGAAUCCUAUUCGUUUUUGUUGACAAUUAUUACACGUUUGUUAUGUGUUAUGGUUUUUUGUUUAUCAGGUUUAUAAUGUGAAUAGGUAAUAUGUAUUAUUUUGAUUCGUACUUAAUUAUUAAGGUACAUCACGGACAACACGACCUCUAUGUUUCAUUUUAUGUCGACUGAAUAGUGCAUCAUUGCUGGUUGUAUGUGAUAUGCACGACUCAUGUUGAAUGCAUAUAAGAACAUUAACUACAACAUUUUACAUGAAAACCACGCCAGAUUGUUUACGUUUUGCUUGUUUUCGAUAUAGGAUAUGCUGAGAAAUUUAGUGAUUCGUGUAUUCGAUUGGAGAAUAACAGCUACCAGUGUGCGAUUUGUGGAAGGACCUCUUUAUACAUGAGUAAUCUUAGGAGACACUUUUCUACUCACCACUCUAUGAGACGAUUCCAGUGUCCGAAGUGUGGUAAAAACUUCAAGAGAAAAGACUAUUUGAAAUUACACAUGUCAUUACAUCAGAUUUGCAGUGUUCCAACAACUUCGGAGUCAAGGACAUGAAAUAAAGUUUCGAAUGAAAUAUGUAUUCAUGCACAAAUAUAUUGACUUGACAAUAAAACUUUAGUAUAUGUAUAUGAUAAAUUAUAUAUUUGUACUUAUGGAAUUGUAUUUAAGUUCACGUUAUAAAUCUAUGUUAAUGUUCAUUUUUGUAAUAAACGCUACAAACAUCUGGCAGUGCUCUGGUGUGUAUCAGGUUUUGGUUUCUUUUCACGUCAUUUGGAAUCUAAUUCGUAUAAGGUAGGAAUGGAAUUUGACAGUUGUUUUUGUUAUUUCGUAGGCUUCCGAAAAGAAGAGAAAUCAUCUCAACUGUUCCUCUGCAGAGUUUGUGAUCAGGCAAUGACAACAGAGGGGGAACUCAAAAGUCAUUAUAGAACACAGCAUCAUAUAGCUACUGUUUGUCAGUGUGGAAGAUAUUUCAAAAGCGAUCACGCUUAUAGAUAUCAUUACAAAGUUAAACACAAAGCGGGUCGGAGCCUACAUAAGUGCGAUGUCUGUGGGCUCACUUCGGAGUAUUUUCAUAGCAUGAAAAGGCAUAUGACAACUCACACUGACUGGAAACCGUUUCGUUGUAAUAUAUGUAAUAAGUGUUUUUAUAGAAAGGACUCAUUGCAAAACCAUUGGAGAACUCGACAUCUUGGGCGUGAUUCAAAGUGAUAUUGACGAGAUUACGUUUUGAAAUGCUGAGUUAAAAUAUUUCAGUGAUUUUUUAUUGACGAGAACUUGAUUGUGUCACCGCAACAACCAACUUGAUUACAUUUCAAUGAUCAUGUAAAGAAAAUGUCUAUCAAGGUCAUUUGAAAGAUUUAUUUGACUUUGAUUGUAACAAAUCCGAGAAAUGUACAAUAAUUUUUAAACUUGAAAACUUUACCUUAUUUAUUGGGGAUCCAGUUUUAGUCGAAAGUAACAUGAAAGAAUAUUAAAAUCCCUGGUAGAUUCGAAAUCACGAUCUACAGGUAGGCAGCAUCACACGUUACCCACUGAAAUAUUCAGCUUGGGAAGAAAAUUUGAUUGGAGAAGGAUUUAUUGUUACAUUUGAGUUUUAGAAGAAAUCGGCCAUUAUGACGAUGUGUUAUCCCUCCUUCAAUAGCGUUUGGCAAAGGGUAGUUCUUUUCGAGGUGUCAGCAUUACACUUAAAGGAAGUUGUUACUUGUUUUGAAAUGUGGUGAUUUCCCUCCUAUUGGAAUAAAGAAUUUUUAAGUAUAUUAGUACUAUAUAAUGUAUAGAUUUAAACAAGUUACUCAAUUUAAAUGCAAUUACCCAAUCUCCCUUUCUAUUCGUAGGCUUUGGGGAUGAAGGUGCAGUCCACAUGGAUUUAAAUAUCAUUUAUUGUGAAUGUGGACGAAGUUUUGAUUCCCUUGCGGCAUACGAACAGCAUUGUAAAUCCGAUCACGGACAACAGCACCCUUUCAAGUGUCCAAUUUGUCAUAAACGAAUUCAGCAUUUCAAUAGCAUGAAGCGUCAUAUGGCAGCCUCACAUUCUGAGCACCGCCCUUACAGCUGCUCAUUGUGUCAGAAGUCGUUCAAACGAAAAGAUGUGUUGACCCAACACUUGUUUAAUGUGCAUAAAGUAAAGAAAGGAAAGGUGCUUAUGUAAUUAGUUGACUCCGACUUUGUGAAAAGCAAAAAUGCUCUGAUAUGUGAAUUAUGUGUUUUUAAUUUUGUUGUGUGUUUGUUUAAUUUUUCCGUUGAGUGGGGAUUUUCUUUGCUAUAAAAAUGAACUAUGAAUACAUGCGGGAUUUGUUACUGAAUGCGAACCUACAUAGAUAAUACAUGUUUAUAGUGUAUAUGAUAUAUGAAAUAAAAGUUUUAAAACUUGAA